AUGUCUCUUCGAUUUUCUGGUGGAUCCAGGCAUAUUUGCUUACGGCCUGGAACUGGAUCAGCUGGACCAUCCAACGGAGGCACACGCUUUGCAGGCAGCAAUGCAUGUGGCAGCUCGGUUGCUGGAAGUGGAUUUUCCUUGGGAGGAGGCUUGGGCAGUGUACCCGGUGGGAGUCAUGCCGGUGGUGCCCUUGGAAAUGCUGUCUGUGUUGGCUUUGCUGCGAGUGAAGGGGGACUUCUCUCUGGAAAUGAGAAGGUGACCAUGCAAAAUCUUAAUGACCGCUUGGCAUCCUACCUGGAUAGCGUGCGAGCUCUGGAGGAGGCAAAUACUGAAUUAGAGAGAAAAAUCAAGGGUUGGUAUGAAAAAUACGGACCUGGAUCUUGCCGAGGACUUGAUCAUGACUACAGCCGAUACCAUCUAACAAUCGAGGAUCUUAAGAAUAAGGUUAUCUCUUCCACUACUGCUAAUGCUAAUGUCAUUCUACAGAUUGAUAAUGCCAGACUGGCCGCUGAUGAUUUCCGGCUAAAGUAUGAAAAUGAGCUUACCCUUCACCAAAAUGUAGAGGCAGACAUCAAUGGAUUACGGCGUGUCCUGGAUGAGCUGACCCUCUGCAGAACUGACCAAGAACUGCAGUAUGAAUCCCUGAGUGAAGAGAUGACCUAUCUCAAGAAGAACCAUGAUGCGGAGAUGAAGGCUCUGCAGUGCGCAGCCGGAGGUAACGUGAAUGUGGAGAUGAACGCUGCUCCCGGAGUGGACCUCACAGUUCUGCUGAACAACAUGCGAGCGGAGUAUGAGGCCCUUGCUGAGCAGAACCGCAGGGAUGCAGAAGCCUGGUUCAACGAAAAGAGUGCCACUCUGCAGCAGCAGAUCUCCGACGACGCUGGUGCAGCCACCACCGCCAGAAACGAGCUGACCGAGAUGAGGCGCAGCCUGCAGACCCUGGAGAUCCAGCUGCAAUCCCUGCUGGCAACGAAACACUCCCUGGAGUGCUCCCUGGCAGAGACCGAGGGCAACUACUGCACGCAGCUGGCCCAGAUCCAGGCUCAGAUCGGGGCCCUGGAGGAGCAGCUGCACCAGGUCAGAACUGAGACCGAGGGCCAGAAACUUGAGCAUGAGCAGCUCCUGGACAUCAAAGUCCACCUGGAAAAAGAAAUUGAGACGUACUGCCGCCUGCUGGAUGGUGAUGGAAAUUCGUGCUCCAAAUCAAAGGUUUUUGGAUCAGGAAGUUCAGGGAAUCCAUCGAAAGAUUUAUCCAAAACCACAUUGGUAAAGACAGUGGUUGAAGAGAUAGAUCAACGUGGUAAAGUGCUUUCAUCGAGGGUUCACUCCAUUGAAGAAAAGCAUCUAAAGUGA